AUGGCUCGGUCGCUGCCGCUGCUGCUCUGCCUGGCCGCGCUGGGCGCCGGCUGCCGGGCAGGGUCCCCCCCCGCCGGCACGGCCGGGCCCUCCGCCGAGCCGCUGCAGGACGAGGCGGACAACCAGGAGAACAUCCUCUCCCAGCUGUUAGGUGACUACGACAAGGUGAAGGCGGUGUCCGAAGGCUCCGACUGUCGGUGCAAAUGCCUGGUCAGACCCCUGGGCCGCGGCGCCUGCCAAAGGAUUAACGAAGGCGCUUUCAAAGCAGAGGACUUUUACACGGUGGAAACCAUCACGUCGGGACCCAGCUGCAAGUGUGCGUGCGUGGCCCCCCCCUCGGCGCUCAAUCCUUGUGAGGGGGACUUCAGGCUGAAGAAGCUGCGGGAGGCAGAGAGUGGCGACCUGAAGCUGUCCUCCAUCGUCGAGAUGCUGGAAAGUGCCUUUUAUGGCUUGGACCUUCUCAAGCUGCACUCAGUCACAACCAAGCUGGUGGGUCGGGUGGAAAAGCUCGAGGAGGGCAUGUCCAGGAACUUCACGCAGGAAGGCCACCAGGCAGGAGCCAGCGUGGAGGAGGGUCUGCAGCAUCCCCACCGCAGGGACAGGGAGAACUGCUCCAGCCUCAUCACCAACAGCCUUGCCGACAUCGAGAGCUCGCUGCAGCGGGACGCCGAGGCUGCCUACACGCACGCAGAGGGCAAAUAUGAAGAAAGAUUCCUGAAAGAUGAAACCAUCUCCCAGCAGAUCAACUCCGUUGAGUCCCUCCCAGAGCUACACCUCUCUCCGGAGGAUGAGAAGCCCAAGCAGCUCUUGCAGAGGAAGCUGCGCGUAAGGAGCCGGCCUCCUUCCAAGCCCACCAUUGUCCGAGGGGUCACCUACUACAAAGCCCAGUCUACUGAGUCAGAGAACGACAUCGAGGAGCAACCGGACGAGCUGUUCAGCGGGGACAACACGGUGGACCUGCUGAUCGAGGACCAGCUCUUGAGGCCCAGCGGCCGGGCGGGCGAGGGCAUGAGGAAGCCCUCCCCGGUGGGAUGGCCACCCACCCCUGGCAGCGACCCCACCACCCCGCCGGCCGCUGACACUGCCGCGACGGCCACGGUGCCCCUGUCCCCUGCCACGUCCACGGGGCCCACGCCGGACCCCACCGCUGUGAGCUGGCUGACCCCCACCCCAGAGACCAUGACUGCCCCGGCAGGGCUGGUGGAGGAGGGGACCCCGCAGCUAUUGGCAGCCUUGGUCAGCACAGUGGUGGCCACAGCCACGGAGAGCCUGCCCGCAGCCACCAGCCCUGUCCCCAGCCUUGCCAUGGCCACCACCGCUGAGACCUCAAGUGAUGUGGUGACGAGCCCUGCCCCGGAGAGCAGCCCAGGAGCUUGGGGACAGGCGAGCACCCCCACGAUGCCGGUCAGCGCCACCAUCCCUGCCACGCCGAAGCAGGCCCUGGAGGACGAGGACAUCAGGAACAUCAUCGGGCGCUGCAAGGACACGCUGUCCACCAUCUCGGGUCCCACCACCCAGAACACCUAUGGGCGCAACGAGGGGGCCUGGAUGAAGGACCCCCUGGCCCGGGAGGAGCGGAUCUACGUCACCAACUACUACUACGGGAACACGCUGGUGGAGUUCAGGAACCUUGACAACUUCAAGCAAGGGCGCUGGAGCAAUUCCUACAAGCUCCCGUACAGCUGGAUCGGGACGGGGCAUGUUGUCUACAACGGCUCCUUCUACUACAACCGGGCCUUCACGCGCAACAUCAUCAAAUAUGACCUGAAGCAGAGGUAUGUGGCCGCCUGGGCCAUGCUGCAUGACGUGGCCUAUGAGGAGUCCACCCCAUGGCGGUGGCGGGGCCACUCGGAUGUGGACUUUGCCGUGGAUGAGAAUGGCUUGUGGGUCAUCUACCCAGCCAUCAGUUACGAAGGCUUCAACCAGGAGGUGAUCGUGCUGAGCAAGCUGAACGCAGCUGACCUCAGCACCCAGAAGGAGACCACGUGGCGGACGGGGCUGCGGAAGAACUUCUAUGGGAACUGCUUUGUCAUCUGCGGGGUCCUGUAUGCGGUCGACAGCUACAACAAGAGGAAUGCCAACAUCUCCUACGCCUUUGACACACACACCAACACGCAGAUCAUCCCCCGGCUGCUCUUUGAGAAUGAGUAUGCCUACACCACACAGAUAGACUAUAACCCCAAGGACCGCCUGCUCUACGCCUGGGACAAUGGGCACCAAGUCACCUACCACGUCAUCUUUGCCUACUGAGACCCCUGCCACCGUGGGGCACUGCGAGCCAGG